ACUGGCGACUGUUUUGGGGGACGCCGGACGCCAUGUUGUGGAAAAUAACAGAUAAUGUCAAGUAUGAAGAGGAUUGCGAGGAUCGUCACGAUGCGAGCAGCAAUGGGAACCCGCGCAUCCCCCACCUCUCUUCUGCCGGACAACACCUCUACAGCCCCGCGCCACCUCUCUCGCACACCGGGGUUGCAGAGUACCAGCCGCCCCCGUACUUCCCGCCGCCCUAUCAGCAGCUGGCAUACUCGCAAUCUGCUGACCCCUACUCGCACCUGGGGGAGGCUUAUGCUGCUGCCAUCAACCCCCUGCACCAGCCUGCGCCCACCGGCAGCCAGCAGCAGGCUUGGCCGGGUCGACAGAGCCAGGAGGGCGCUAGCCUGGCCCCGCACCAUGGCCGCCCUGCCGGCCUGCUACCCCACAUUUCAGGGCUAGAAGGGGGUGCGGUGAGUGCCCGGCGGGAAGCCUACCGCCGAUCCGACCUGCUACUGCCACACGCACACGCUCUGGAAGCCGCUGGCCUGGCAGAGAACCUCGGACUGCAUGACAUGGCUCACCCCAUUGAGGAGGUGCAGAAUGUGGACGACCCGCACCUGCUUCUACACGAUCAGACUGUCAUUCGCAAAGGACCCAUUUCAAUGACCAAGAACCCUUUGGGCCUCCCCUGCCAGAAGGACCUGGUGGGAGCCGUCAUGAACCCCAGCGAGGUCUUCUGUUCCGUUCCUGGAAGGCUGUCCCUGCUCAGCUCCACGUCCAAAUACAAAGUGACAGUGGCCGAGGUACAGAGGCGACUGUCACCACCUGAAUGCCUAAAUGCCUCGCUCCUGGGAGGUGUGCUCCGAAGAGCAAAAUCCAAAAACGGAGGCCGGUCCUUGCGGGAGAAGUUGGACAAAAUUGGCUUGAACCUUCCAGCUGGGAGACGGAAAGCUGCCCACGUCACCCUGCUCACGUCUCUCGUGGAAGGUGAAGCCGUCCACUUGGCACGGGACUUUGCUUAUGUGUGCGAGGCUGAGUUUCCCAGUAAAGCAGUGGCUGACUAUUUAACCAGACCACAUCUCGGGGGACGGAAUGAGAUGGCCACGAGGAAGAGUAUGCUGCUGGCAGCACAGCAAGUGUGCAAAGAAUUCACAGACCUCCUGAUUCAAGAUCGCACACCCAACGGGAAUAGCAGGCCCACUCCAGUCUUGGAGACGAACAUACAAAACUGCCUGUCUCAUUUCAGUCUGAUAACUCACGGCUUUGGCAGCCAGGCCAUCUGCGCCGCGGUGUCUGCGGUGCAGAAUUACAUCAAGGAGGCUUUGCUCACCAUUGACAAGUCCUAUAUGAACCCCGGAGACCAGAGUCCUGCUGACUCCAACAAGACCAUGGAGAAGAUGGAAAAGCACCGGAAAUAAAGUGGGGUGCAUGGAGGCCAGAGUGUGAAGGGAGAGGACCUGAGCCCCCUUCACUGCGGCGAUCUGUGAACACCAGCCUGGGCGGGGCAAACAGUUACCAUCCACCUCACCCUGGACCUGCCUGCCUUCUUGGAGUCGGUGGCUUUUCUAUUUAACCCUGGACAUACUAUCCCGAAGCAAUUUGGUUUGAUUCUUUUACUCAUUAAACGUUUAUUUUUUUGGAAAUCCAUUUCCUCUCUGAAAGGUGCUAUGAGUUUUAGAAUCCCUUUGUGAAAUCCACCUGGGCUUAAGGAGAAACCCCACGCUGAGCUGCUGACAAGGCAGAUGGAUGGGAGAUACAGGAAUCAAUCAUAACUUAUUUUUUUUUCAGUGUUACGAUGAUGUCUGGCUUUUAUGUCCACUAAAAUAUUUAUCUAAAAAAUUAGUAUUUAUCUAGCUUUCCCUGCCCUGUCAGUGAUCACACCUUCUGGUAGGAGGCGAAGGUCGGAUGUUCCUAGCAGCUAUUCACAGU